AUGUCGUUCCUCGCAAAAGAAUUCAUGGUAUGAUUACGAGUUGUUUUUAGUUAUGUUAUGUUUGUUUUCAGAAAGUCGCUAAGAGCGAGUUGAAGGAGCGUUUCACAGAGAAAAAACCUGAUAAAACUAAAGGGAACACAUCUGAGACAGCCAUGUAUCCCAACUGUAAGUUUAUUUUAAUCUCAAGGUAACACAUUUCUGCCAUUUACAUUUUAAAAUCUAAACAUUAUUUCGAAGUAUGUUUUUCAAAAAACAGAAGAGACUUUUAACUGGGCUCAAUCUUUUAUUUUUAGAUAACCAACCCUACAACCAAGGCGGCUACAACCAACAGCAGAGUCAGUAUCCAAACCAGUCUUCCCAAGGUGGCUACCCUCCUUCUUCUAACACGCCUUACCCACCCAGCUCAGGAUAUGGCUUCAACCAACCUCAAGGUAAUGGCAAUCAAAUCGGCUUUGUAGCGUCAGGGAACCCUUCCUCUGCACCAGGUUACCCUUCAGGCAAUGCUUGCCCCUCCUCUGGGUCUGGAUAUCUCUUCUCCAAUCCAGGUUAUCCGUCAUCUAAUACCGGAUACCCACAGUCAGGCCAAGGUUACCCGCCAUCAUCAUCUUACCCAUCAAAUCCAGGGUAUCCAGGCCAAAACAAUCCUUCUCAGAAUACAGUAUACCCCUCGAACCAGCACUAUCCAUCUUCUAAUGCUUAUCCAAAUUACCAGCAGCCUCCUGGUGCCUACCAGUCUUACCAACCUUCUGGCGCUCAUCAAACUUACGCCUCUGACUCUGUCCAUAUCACUUACCCUGCUCCUCACAAUAGUUCCGGUAACUUUUACUUUUUUACAUCUUUUAAAUUUUGAUAACAAUUUUAAAAAAUAUUUUUAACAUUUUCCGUUUUAACAACAUUUUAGGUAUAAAAUAAUUCAUGUAUAGCUAUGUAAACAUGAAACGUGACACAUCGUUUCAUGGGUGUUAAGCAUGCUUUCUGUAGAGAGGGGAAUGUUUGUAUACUCCAACCUUUGCAUUUGCUUGAACAUCAAAAACAUUUCUAUUUUCGGGCGAAGUCCUUGAGUUUAAAAUUUGUUUUCCCUUGAAGCCCGCGCCCCACCCCUUUCACAUCAUCAAACUUUCACGGAAACUACUUUACACAUUUGAUAGCAUCAUGUUAAGUUGGGGGAGAGACUUAGAGACGAUCGUGAUGACUCAGCUCAUCCCUUAGUCCUCCUUCCCAUUCCCAAAAAAGUGAUUCAGAGUUCCGUUCGACUCUUGUUUACCUCCCGAUUCCACUUAUUUAGCAUUCUGUUUUCGUUUUCUCGUUAUUCAAAUCGCUUAUUUUAACAUUUACUGUUUUAUCGCUUAUUUAUUACAAUAUUACAUAAAAUUGAAUACCUAAAAUACCGUUUUCAGCUCCAAUUAUGUACUCCAAUCCCUCCAUCAGAGCUGACCCCAAUGCCAAUCCCCAGCACGACGCUGAAACCUUGAGAAAGGCCAUGAAAGGAUUGGGCUGUAACAAGGACAAGGUGAUCCAAGUCUUGUGUGCCCGUUCCAGCGCUCAGCGACAACAAAUCGGCCUGGCCUUCAAGCAGCUUUAUGGAAAAGACCUGAUCAACGAACUCAAGUCUGAACUCAGUGGAGACUUCGAGAAUCUGAUCCUUGCUCUUAUGGAAAACCCUGUUAAGUACGACGCUGACCAGCUCCACAAAGCCAUGGCCGUAAGUAUUUCUAAUUUCAAACCUAAAAUUUUUAGAACUAUAAUAGACCUUCAGAAUAUGUUAUAAAUUUUAAUCUUUUAGGGAAUUGGAACCCGUGAAUCUGUUCUGAUUGAGAUCAUGACCACCAGAAACAACGCCCAGAUCCAUCAACUACGUCAAGUAUACCAACAAGUCUAUGGGAAGGACCUCGAAAAAGAUCUGAUCGGAGAGACAUCUGGCCACUUCAAGCGACUCUUGGUGUCGUUAUGUACAGGAGCCAGAGACGAGAGUAAUCAGACCGACCCUCUGAGAGCCAACCAAGAUGCUCGCAAGCUCUACAAGGCUGGAGAACAAAGACUGGGAACUGACGAAUCCUGCUUCAACGCCAUCUUGGCUUCGCAGAACUUUGCUCAAUUGAGAAUCGUGUUCGAUGAGUACCAGAAGACUUGCGGACACUCCAUUGAGCAAGCCAUUGCUUCUGAAUUCAGUGGCGACAUUAAGGACGGCCUCGAGGUGGGUUUUAAGUUAGUUAGACUUUGUAUUUUUAGAAAUUUUCAAAAAAACAAUGCUUUUCUAACCGACAGCAAUAAAGUUAAGAUUAAACGAAACUUUUCAAACAUUGGUUACUUAAUUUGUGCUUAUUUAUGAUUACUUACAGGCGGUGAUCAAAUCCAUCAGAAACAGACCAGGCUACUUCGCCGAGUUGUUGUACAACUCGAUGAAGGGAUUGGGAACCCGUGACGGUGAUCUGAUCAGAAUCAUCGUCACCCGAUCGGAGAUCGACCUUGCCGACAUCCGCAACGAAUACCAGAGAAUCUACGGAAAAUCACUGGAAAGUGCCAUUUCUGGCGACUGCUCGGGGUCUUACAAAGAAGGCCUCAUCGCUUUAGUAAAAGGAAACUGA